UGAUUCACUUCCAAAAGAGAAAAAAAUGGCGGAAGAUGAUCUAUUGAUUGACAAGCAUGCAAAAUUUUUACUUAGAACCUUAAAAAUACUCCCGGGAUCAUCAGGAUCAGCUGAUAAUCAGAGAAUCACUAUAGCAUUUUUUGCAGUUUCAGGUCUGGAUGUUCUGGGUAGACUGAAUUUGUUAGAGGACAUGAGAGAGGAUAUAAUUACCUGGGUUUACAAUAAUCUAAUCAACAUUGAUACAGAUAAGAAGAGCAGGUGUGGUUUCCGUGGAUCAAGUACUCUGAAACUAGAACCUGGAUAUUCUCCGACACAUAUUCAUGACUUCGCCCACAUUCCAAUGACCUACACUGCCUUGGCGAUUCUAGUUAUUCUUGGAGACGACCUUUCUCGAAUUGAUAGAGAAAAUAUAGCCAAGGGUAUCAGUGUUCUUCAAUUACCUGAUGGAAGCUUUAAGGAUGCCGCGGAAGGAGGAGAGAAUGAUAUGAGAUUUCUUUAUUGCGCUGCUGCAAUUUCAUCAUUAAUAGACUUAAGAACUGGCGUAGAUGUAGAUAGAGCAACUAAAUAUAUAUCUGAAAGCAUAUCGUAUGAAGGCGGAAUUGGUCAAGGUCCGUGGUUAGAAGCACAUGGUGGUUCUACCUACUGCGCAGUUGCCGCGCUUUCUCUGCUCGACUCCUUGGAUCGUCUUCCACAGUCCAAGAUUGCUGGACUGAAGCGCUGGUGUGUUAACCGCCAGAUAAGCGGGUUCCAAGGCCGUCCAAAUAAAGCAGAGGACACCUGUUACACAUUUUGGUUAGGUGCUGCCCUGAAAAUUCUAGAAGGUUCAAAUUACAUAGAUUGGAGUGAAAUCAAGAACUUUGUUCUUACCACCCAGGAUCCUAUUACUGGAGGGUUUGCUAAGGGGACGGAUAUGUCCCCCGACCUUCUCCACACCUACUUAGGACUCUCUGGACUCUCUCUAGCAGAACCCCCUCUUCUCCCUUCUCUCAACCCUGUAGAUCCUGCUCUUAAUAUCACACUCAGAGCUAAACAACAUUUACUCUCAUUGCACAAACAAUGGAAAUCUUGAUUUAAAAUAUAAUGUUUUUUCAUCUAGCAUUUCGAUUAAAAUGGGUUUUUGUAAUUUAUGUAAGUUUCUUUAUUGACACUGAUUUUAUUUCAUUUUUAAAGUUUUUGCCCCCCUCCCCCCCUCUCAAGAACAAGUCUUUAUCAGUUUUGGAUUUCUAGGACCCCAAUUAUCAAUACAUUCAUUACAUAUCAAACAUUAUCAAUUAUUAAAUAUAGGUUUUAUUGAAAAAGCAAAGGAUGAGAAAACUUCAAAUUACUUAACUAUUAAAAACACCUGGUUGUAAACCAAUUUAUUUACACAAAGUACAAUUAUAUUUUGUAUUCGGUACAGUUUGAUUUUUCAUGACAAAAUAAAGUAUUGACGGUAAA